AGGAAAAGUAUUUUUAUUUGCCAAAUUCACAAUUUUAGUGGUUAUUUUGCCGAAAGAAUAAAAUAAUGUGGCAAUGUUUGCAUUUAUAUAUAAUUGAGGGAGCAAGUACCAAUUUACCCCGAAAAUCUGUUUCCAAGGAUCAAGGAAAGAGUGCAGUUUUUUCUCCUAACCGCCGACUUCCUUUUCUGUUUCUCCCAUUUAAAUUUCGCUGCACAUCAAACCAUUUAACACAGAGCAAUCAAGCAGGGAGCUAGCAAUAAAUUUUUCCGUUUUGCAAUUGGCGUGAGAGCGCCGCCGAUAGGGUGAAUACUGAAUCGCUGUUUUCAAAGAUAUGGACUCAUCGAGGAAGGAUAUAAGUUGGGAUAAGUGGGAGGGAUGGCUCAGUAGUGAUGCACAUAGCAUAAGUUCAAUGCAAAAGUUGGUGAUCAAUUAUAUGACUACUGAGGGUUAUAUCGAUGCUGCAGAAAUAUUCCAACUAGAAUCUGGGAUAAAGCCUGAUGUAGAUUGUGAAACUGUGGUUCUUCGUACGCCAAUUAAGAAGGCAAUACAGAGUGGUGAUGCGGAGCGUGCUAUUGAAGAACUUAAUCAUCUGAACCCAAGCAUUCUGAAAGAAAAUCCCGGACUCGCUUUCCGUCUCGAGCAGCUACUUGUGAUUGAACUGAUCCGGAAUAACAAUUUGGAGGAAGCUUUGAAGGUUGCUCAAGAGGAACUUGCUCCAAUCGGAGAAAAACAUAAUGGUCUCUUAGAAGAGUUGGAGAGGACUGUUUCGCUGCUUGCUUUUGAAGAUUUCAAGAAUUGCUCUGCUGCUGAUCUGCUAGAUGUAUCUCGGCGCACCGAAAUUGCUAAUGAGGUGGACUCAUACGUUCUUUCAAGAUUUUUUGAUGGAAAAGAUGCAAAGACUAUUACAGGAUCAAUGAAAAACCUGAUGUUGGUUGUAAAAGAGUUGGGAAAAACUGAAGCACCUGAUGAAGAUCCUGCUGUUUGAGAGCUGAAAUCCAAUGCUUGGAAAAUCAUGAAAAAAGGUGACUUAAAUAGUGAGAAAUACAAAUAUUCCGUAUUCUGUGGAAAUUGAGGUGUGUACAUAUGGAGAGUAACAACAGUAGAUGCAGUGAAAAUAUAGUGGUGCAUAACGGUAAAACAUGAAAUUUAACCAUUUUCAAGUUAGCCUAGCCUAGCUAAUAAGACUCCACCCACAGUACAUACACCCAAAUGGUGAUUUCUGGAAAGCCAUUCUGCUUAAAUUUUGCAUGGUGAAAAUCUUUGAUCUUUGUUUCUCCUCCUAUUAAUAUUUGUCGGUGGCUGUUAUAACAACCGUCGUCGAAAUUGAGGGCGUAACUGUGAGGAUCGUACUGGAAUUUGAAUCUCUUCCCUUUGCUUC